UGAUUCGAAGGACGAAUAAAUAUUUACUAGUAGCAGUAACCUUAAGUUAAAAAAAAGGCAUUUUUUACAGUUUGUGGAUCGAACUUUCUAAGUAGUAGUAGUCAAUUGGAAAUCACCCAGGCGUCGUGCAACUUGACAACAAAUUAAACAAUAGACAUAAACACGGACAUAUGUUAUAUAAUUUUAAAAAAUAGAAUAUGGUGAAUAAGGCUUCGAACAUAAUCUAUCAUCCCAAGGUUCUCUUCAGUGCAAAUGGAAUGUGCCGAGAAUGGUGGGACACUAGACGAUUCGUACGUGGCAGGAGGUGGAUCAUAUAUAGUUCAUGCAGAAGGUCCUGAUGGAGAAGAUAGCUUAGGUAUUGCUGAUGAUGAAAAGUAUGGAGAACCAAUGAGAGAGCAGGAUCGUUUUCUACCUAUUGCUAAUGUGGCAAGGAUAAUGAGAUCUGUCAUUCCAAAAUCGGGAAAGGUGAGUACUAGGAGAGUAACGUGACAAUUUCUAAUUGUAUUACAUUUGGAAUCCUUCUGAAAGUUCUGAUUUAUCCGUUUUCAAAGUGGAUUUACAGGAUCUCAUUUAGCAA